AUCUCCCUGUCAGACGCCAAAUGUAAGUAAACUAAAAAAUGGUACACUCUCAUACCUCAUCGUACUCCUCCUCCUAGUCUCUCUCUCUCCCUCUCUCUCUGCGUCUCCACCUAGCCUUGACUAGACCCCAGUGCAUUGUGGAGCCGAGCUUCUCCAUGGCAGCCGCCCUGGAAUGCUGGUCGAGCCGGGCCAGUACGGACGAGGAUAUGGUGGAGCAAGUCCUCAUGAGGACCAGCGACAGAUCGGAAGGCACGCCGGACAACUCUUCCUCUUCAUCCGACGCCUGCGCCGUGGCCGCCGCCGGAGCCCUCAAGGAGUCCUCCGCGAUGCACAAGCGCUUCCAGAAGCUGAGCCGCAACGUUUCCGAAGCCAUUGCCUCGUUCAAAAACUCGCUUAACCUCGACUCGGUUCGCGAAUCGCCCGCCCCGUCUCCCACGGGCCGAACCGAGACCUGCCGGAAGCACGUGUGGGCCAGCGUUGUACGGAGCCUCACUCAGCUCUACCCCGGCAGUCAGCUCCCCGAAAAGCUCGUUUCCAAUAUUCGCAAGCAUUACGAUUCUUUGCCUCUAAGCUAUGCGCAAGCGGGGUUUGAAAUGAAGGAAGUUUUUCUACACAUCAAAUUGAUAGAGCAGGCCUCAAUGGAGGAUCACCCGGCGAUUAUGAUACAAGAGGUCUCUGAUGACGAACUAUUCAGGCUCACGUUUGCUUGUAACUCUUCUAUUUCCUGGCCGGCCAUGUCCGGGGCACUUGAUAGCGCCUCGAUUUGUUGUAAAAAGAUACAGAUCUUCGAGAAGAAAGGGUUCACAUUAGGGGUUGUUUUGCUUUCUGUUCAAUCCGGUCAGGAGAAAAUGUUCAGAACUCGGAUCGAAACCGCUAUUAAAUCCGCUCUCAAGAAGCCAAAAACUAUGAAGCUCCCUUUCGGGCUCUGUGGGUGUCAAGAACAGAAUACUCGAGGGAGAGAGGUUGGGGAGAUUGAGGAUGACUGCAAUCAACCUAAUUACAAGAAUGGAAGCGGGAAUUUUAGCCCGAAAAUUCAGCUGCAAACACCUUUGCCCAGCUCUUCAUUUAUAGUAUCUGUGGAUGAAUGGCAGACAGUGCAAUCUGAUGGGGAUGAGAUUGAGAAGUGGCUUUUGAGUUCCGAUAUCCUCGAGUUUAGUGAUCAGACUGGACCUUGCACAUUCAAAGGGGUAUGCAGGGGGAAGAAGGUUGGAAUUGAGAAGCUCAAGGGGUGUGACAAGGGGAAUGCAUAUGAGUUCGAGCUUCGACAAGAUUUGUUGGAGUUGAUGACUUGUGAACACAGGAGCAUACUGCAUUUUUAUGGCCUGUGCAUUGAUGAAAAUCAUGGCUUGUGUGUUGUGACUAAGUUAAUGGAAGGCGGAUCCGUUCAUAAUUUACUCUUGAAAAACAAGAAGCUUCAGCCGAGAGAAAUUAUGAGGAUUGCCAGUGAUGUGGCCGAAGGGCUUAAGUUCAUGAAUGAUCAUGGAGUUGCUUAUCAAGAUCUUAAUACUCAAAAGAUCUUGUUAGACAAAUACGGGAAUGCUUGCUUGGGUGAUAUGGGAAUAGUGGCUGCUUGCAAUAGUACUGGUGAAGCUAUGGAGUACGAAACCGAUGGGUAUAGGUGGCUAGCUCCUGAGAUCAUUGCAGGUGACCCCGAAAAUGUUACAGAGUCGUGGAUGAGUAAUGUAUAUAGCUUUGGGAUGAUACUAUGGGAACUAGUAACCGGUGAGGUUGCAUAUUCCGCCUUUUCGCCAGUGCAGGCUGCUGUUGGAAUUGCUGCUUGUGGCCUUAGACCUGAAAUCCCCAAGGAUUGCCCCCAAAUGCUGAGAUCUUUGAUGACGAAAUGUUGGAACAAUUGCCCUUCAAAGCGUCCUCAGUUCUCCGAAAUUUUAGCAACUUUGACACGUCCUAGCAAUAAUAGCAACAAUAAUACUAGGUAGUUAGAAUUAAUAAGUGCGCAAAAGCAGAAAAUGAGAAUGAGACUGGAAUGAUGGCAGACCAACAGGUUUGAUUAAUUUGGGGGCUUUUGUAUGUAGCUUUUUCUUUUUUGAUUUUGUGGUGGGUAUCCCUGGGCCCGUGUGAAUGACCUCAGGUUUUUGUGUCUCAAAAGAGGAGAUUAUACUAUACACGUAAUCCUUCCCUUUAAUAAAGCUCCAACUUUUAUCAAUAUGGACCAGCUUUUGAAGGUGGGUUUGGAUGGAUGGAUUUAACCUUGAGAUGUA